AUGGACUUAGGCACUCGUGAUUACGAUGAUGAUUUAUUAGAUUUUUGGGGUAUUGACCCUACAAGAGUAGCCUUACCAAAGAUUGUAUCUAGUUCAGAAUUUUAUGGAUCAUUCGCGGCGCCAAACUUGUCUAACUUAGGAUUUCACAACAAAAUCACUCCAGAGGCAUAUGAAAUAUUGAAAACUAUUACUGGUACCCCAAUUUGUGGGUGUCUUGGUGACCAGUCGGCCUCUUUAGUAGGUCAAUUAGCAUUUAAACCUGGUUCAGCCAAAUGUACCUAUGGUACUGGUUGUUUCUUGUUGUAUAAUACUGGUAAUCGUAAAUUAAUUUCUGAGCAUGGUACAUUAACAACUAUAGGAUUUUGGUUCCCUAACUUGAAGGGUGAAGACGCCAAUCCGCAUUAUGCAUUAGAAGGUUCAAUUGCCGUUGCAGGUUCAAUUAUUCAAUGGUUGAGAGAUAACUUAAAGUUGAUAGAACACGCCAAAGAUGUUGGUCCAUUAGCCUCUCAGGUUGAUAAUGCCGGUGGAGUUGUAUUCAUUCCAGCUUUUUCAGGUUUAUACGCUCCAUACUGGGAUGCUGGUGCUAGAGGUUCUAUUUUUGGUAUGACACAGUAUACCUCUUCUUCACAUAUAGCAAGGGCCGCGUUAGAAGGUGUUUGUUACCAAGUUAGAGCUAUUUUAAGGGCCAUGGCUAAUGAUGCCGGAGCAAGUGAAGACUUUUUGGAAGAAGCCUUAAAUAAGCAAAAUGAGAAAAAGCCAUUAUCUGCAUUAUCUGUUGAUGGUGGUAUGUCAAAGGCUGAUGAAGUGUUACAAAUUCAAGCGGACAUUUUAGGACCUUGCGUGACAGUGAAAAGGGCAACUAUAUCUGAAUGUACCGCAUUGGGUGCAGCGAUUGCAGCUGGUUUAUCAUUUGAAGAUGAAGAAGAAAGAGUUUGGAAAGAUUUCGAUGAUAUUUAUGAAAAGAUUAACGGAAAUGAUGAUGAAAAGAAUAAUUUCAAAGCGAAAUUACCUGAUACAGAUAGAAGAAAGAAUUGGAAGAGGUGGGAGAAAGCAGUUGAGAAAGCUAAGGGCUGGUUAGAUGAAGACAAUUAA